AUGGAACCUGAGGGGCCGAUGGAUGCAUCUCCCCCCGGCCGUAUGACCACUAGACGGGUUGCGCGAGAGCAGUUUACUCCGCUGGUCAACCCUUCAGACCCCAACAUCAGUACAUCGUCUGGUGAAACCACAGGUUACGUUGCUUCGCAAUUGUCAAGUGAGGACCAGGAUGAAACUCGUUCCGAAUUCCAUUUGGAGUCUUCCGCAGAUUCUUUGUUUCGUACUCCAUCAGCAAGUACACGGGGAAGGAAACGGAGAGUUCCGAACGAUGAGUUGUCAUCCACUCUUACUGAUCUGGCAAGUAUUGGAAUCAUUGUUCACCGCCGUUUUUUCCCCUUCUUUAAAAUUAACCUCAUUGUUUAUGAGUGUUGUAACCAUUUGUAUUUUGUUUCACUGGAUUUCUUGACGUUCGUAUAUAUAAUGUUUGGGGCUUUCAAACGUGGAGGCCGUGGACGCACUGCGGGGCGAGGGCGAGGUGCAGUUACUCGACGUGGAGGUGUACUCUCGAUACAAGAAGCCGCCGAUGAAAGCAGCCUUUUUAGUAUGGUGAAGAACGGAAAGAAUUUGAAUGAGGUAACAGAUCGCUGGAUCGACGAAUACGAACGACAUUAUGAGAACGCACUUGUGCAGCUGCAGCAGUUUUUCAUAUCGUGCUGUGGGUGUAAGGGUGUUGUUUCUUCCGUAAUGUUGCAAACUAUGGAAUACAGUGAAAUUAUUCGUCGAAUGACUGAACAAUUUGAUGAAGUAUCAUGUGAUUACCCGUUAGUGAUGCCUGGCCCUCAAUGGAAAAAAUUCAAGCAAAAUUUUGCGGAUUUUCUGUUGCUGCUAGUUAACAAAUGCAAGUCAAGUUAUGUGUUUGACCAGCGUUUAAUGGACAGUGUUAUCCAGCUUUUAACUGGCUUAGCGGAUAGUCAGGUUCGAGCUUUCAGACAUACGGCGACAUUUGCAGCAAUGAAGCUAUCGUCUGCAUUGGUGGAUGUAGCGUUGGAAUUAGUCUCUUUGAAGGAGAAGAAUGCGAAGCAGGUAGAAACUGAGCGAAUAAAAUUAAAAUCCCGUGGAGGAAACGACCAGCUAGAAAUGCUUAUAAAUAAAAAGAAUGAGAUUGACGGCAAAACAGAAGAUGUUCGUCUCAUGUUGGAAUAUAUUUUUAAAAGUGUAUUUGUGCACCGAUAUCGUGAUAUUUUGCCUGACAUUCGUAGCAUAUGUAUUAAUGAGCUCGGACAGUGGAUGCAAGUCUACCCAGAGCAUUUCCUGGAAGACGCAUAUUUAAAGUACAUAGGAUGGACCUUAUACGAUAAAGUGAGUGAUGUUCGACUGAAGUGCAUUAUGGCGCUUUUGCCGCUUUAUGAACGACUUGACAUGGUUUAUAAGUUAGAAUUGUUUACGAACAAGUUCAAAGACAGGCUGGUUAGCAUGGUUAUGGAUAAAGACAAUGAAGUAGCAAUGCGGGCCUGCCAACUCUUGACCGCCAUUUAUCGCGUGUUUCCGUCAGUUUUGGAAUUGAAAGAUUGUGUUCCCAUAUAUGAGCUUGUCUACUGUAAUCAUCAUGGAUUGGCUCAAGCUGCCGGAGAAUUUUUGAAUACCAAGGUUGUAUUUCAACAUCCUCAACGAACUUCCGGUAAUUCUUCUGCUCGGUCGCACAAAAACGCUCAACUUAUUCAGGAUCUUAUCCAGUUUUAUAUGGAAGGCGAUUGCCACCAGCAUCCAGCAUAUCUUGUGGAUGCCCUUUUUGAUACAAAUCCUAUGAUGAAAGAUUUCAAGACCAUGGUUGACAUGCUUCUUUCUGGUGAAGCUGAUCGUUACGAUUCGCAGUUGAUAGAAGUACUGGAAUGCGCUGUCAGGCAAGCAGCAACGGGAGAGAACCCGGUUGGACGCGGGCCUCAAGUAAAGCGCGGCGCUGUUACUGGCAAAGAGCAAAAGAUAAUGAAUGAAGACAAAAUACGGUUGACGGAAGUGUUGAUUCCGCAGUUACCUCUUCUUCUUCAUAGGUUUAUUGCUGAUAGAGACAAGGUGGCAAAUCUGGUAUCCAUCGCCCGUUACUUCCAACUGGAUAUCUAUCAAGCGGGCCGAUUAGAAAAGUGUUUGGACGAUUUAAUGAACGUUUUUGAAAGCGUAAUCGAGAAGCACGCGGAUGAUGAAGUGCUUCAAAAUGUGGCUGAAGUCAUGGCGUACUUUGCUACGAAUAGCGCGGUCGCUCAGCACACUGAUACUCAUCGGUUGAAAAUGUUAGACAGUUUAGCACUGCAGUACCGUUACUCCAUUCAGCGUUUUCACAGAGAGCAGGUUUUAGAUGAUGAGGAUGAUGCAGCGAUGCUUGCUGUUUUUCGGAAAAUUACAGCAUUUGCAAUGUUUGAGGAUCUUGGAAAGUGGCAGUUGUGGGACCCAGCUUUAAGUGUGUUAAACUGCAGUGAGGAGAAACAUGCGUCGCGUGACGUAUGUGAAAAAGCAGUUUUGCUCCUUUAUUCAACUUUGUACUGGGGGCUUCGACGAAUUUUGUCUGACGAGGAGUCAAACAAGACUGUACAGUAUUAUGAAGCAGUCAAGAAACUGAAAAAACAACGUGAUCAAUUUAUUGAAGCAAUUGGCAAUAUUUUAACAAGCGGUGCGUCUGGUGUUGAAAAUGCCUUUCUAUGCCUUGCAGACACACUUGUGCUUUUCAACGGAUUGGAAGAUAAAUCUUUGGAGCCCGUUUUAAGUAAAGAUAUAGUUCGGGCCAUGAGCGUGUUCGUUAUAGAUAAUGUUUUCGUUGAAGAUAGUUCAUCAGCUGAUGAAACCAUCAAUCAACAGUCACAAAUAGAACUGAAGCAUAAAAGACGAAAUUUGCUAGCUCAAUAUUGUAAGUUAAUCCUUCAUGGGGCGCUGGAGAUUGCUGAUGCUUCUCUGGUUUUUCGAUUCUACACUAAGUUCUAUACCGAUUUUGGGGAUAUCAUUAAGAUGCUUCUUGUUAAAUGCCGUGAACUGGAUAAGAUGGGCUGCGCAAGAGCUAUCAUAUCGUCCCUCUGCUACAAUUAUGAGGAUUUGCGGAAAUGUGCAAAGGAUGAAUAUUUGGAUCCAGCUUCUGAAGAGUUUUCGAGUAUCCGAGAGUUAGCAAAAAGAUUUUCAACAGCUUUUGGGCCUGACCCAGUUAGAAGUCGUGAAGCCAUUGCUGUGAUUCAUAGGGACGGUAUAGUGUUUGCCCUUGAUGGCAAAAAAAAUUCAAAGUUGACAUUUUUGGAGAUUCUAAUUGAGUUUAGUGGACGGCUUAUGCGCCAGGACAAGCAGUCAGUGUUAAAAUACCUAGAAAAGCAUGGGGCCGAAGUAUCUGCUGAAGAACCUUUUGUUCUUUACAAAGCUUCUUUACAAGAACGUAACGACGAUGCUGCGAGUGUUAGGAAUGUAUCAGUGCGUGGUCGGGCGCGAGGUCGCGGGCGCGGGCGGGGCUCACCAAACCCGUCUAUUGAGGAAUAG